AUCACAUCCAGAAACCUUUUUUUACCAUCCAGAAGAAACAUUUAUUUUACCAUCGAGAAGAAACUUUGAAUGUCUAAAAUUAACUGCAGGAUAAUUUCUGACUGAAAUAUAAAUACGGACCAUUCUCAUUCCCUGAAAAGUGACAAGUAAAAUAAAGGAGGAAGUAAAUGGCUGAAUUUGUGUCACAAACAACCUGUGGAAGAAAGAGCAGCAUAAAUGAACCAUUUGAAUUUGCUCGUGACUCCAGCAGUCUCCUGUCUAAAGAGCAGCUGCUUUGUCCGAUCUGUCUGGAUGUGUUCACUGAUCCAGUCACCACUCCAUGUGGACACAACUUCUGCAAGAGCUGCCUUACACAGUGCUUGAUAGAGAGUCAACACUGUUACUGUCCAUUAUGUAAAGAGAAAAUCACCAAGAAACCUGAACUGAAGAUUAAUACAACACUGAGAGAGGUUGCAGAUAACUUCAAGAAGAAAAAUGUUCCUUAUAAACCUGAGGUUCUUUGUGAUGUCUGUACUGGAGAGAAGGUGAAGGCCGCGAAAUCCUGUCUGGAUUGUUGUGCAUCUUUUUGUAAGUCUCAUUUAGGAUCUCAUACUUAUGUUCCAAGACUUAAGAAACACAAACUAAUAAACCCUGUGGAGAAACUGGAGGACUACAUAUGCCAGAAGCAUGAAAAAGCGCUGGAGCUGUUCUGUAGAGAUGAUCAGACAUGUGUGUGUCAGUUCUGCAUUGAAGGAGACCACAAGAAUCACAACACUGUUCCUAUAGAGAAGGAGAGCAGAGUCAGGAAGGCUCAGCUGUGGAAAACACAGACAGAUGUGCAGCAGAUUAUUCAGGAUCGACUGAAUAAGAUAAACGAGAUCAAACACUCAGUAGAGCUCAGCAAAAGAAACACAGAGAAAGAGAAAGCAGACAGUGUUGAAGUCUUCACUGCUCUGAUUCGCUCCAUUGAAAGAAGUCAGGCGGAGCUGCUGAAGCUGAUGGAGGAGGAGCAGAAAGCAGCAGAGAUGCAGGCUGAAGAACUCAUUAAAGAGCUGGAGCAGGAAAUCACUGUGCUACAGAGGAGAGACACUGAGCUGGAGAAGCUCUCACACACUGAGGAUCAUCUCCACCUCCUACAGGUUUACUCGUCCAUGUGCAGCCUUCCACACACCAAGAACUGGACUGAGAUCAGUAUUAACAAUGAUCUGUGUGAGGACACUGUGUGGACAUCUCUGUCUCAGCUUCAGCACAGUCUUUAUAAAAAACUCAGUAAAACACUCAAUGACAAGCUAAAGGAAUCAGUUUCUACAGAACUGAAGAGGAUUCAGCAGUAUGCAGGUACAGUGAGCUUUCUGAUUUCAUCUCAUAUUGAAAUGUAGAUAUCAACAUUACAUCACUGUAUCAUCACAAUUUAU